AUGGCGCCGACGCAGCCAAGCCCGGAAAGUAGCACGCGCGAGCAGAUCAUUGUCGAGGCGUGGGCUCAAGGUCUCAAUGUUGGUGCUAUUGUGAUCCUCAUCCUGCUGGUUUUGUGCAAUUAUCGCCACAAGGCUCUGCUGCAUAAACUGAUUCUCAGCGAACUGCUACUCGCUCUUGGGCAUGGGUUCUUUGCAUUCUUUCAAGAACCCGAGUUUGGCUGGGUCCUGAGCAGCACAGCAGCUCUGUUGUACAUUUCCUACUUUGUACACAAUGUCAUCGCCUGGCUCAAGAUCAAACCCUUCCUCCCAAAAUGGGGCUCACGAGUCUUCAUCAUCUCCCUCCUCGCCGUCCAACCGUUCUGGGUCCUCGAAACUUGGGCCAACUUUCAGUAUCACAACAACCUCGGCAGCAGACUCUUGGACACAUCAAGGCUUUUUGAACCACUAGCAAGAGACCCCUGGUGGGUGUUCACAACUAUAAAACUGGUCCUGGCAAUCAACGACAACUACGAAUUUACGAUACCCAAACUUGUUCGGAUAAGCCCGAGGUUCGGCGUCAUGCUUCUUUGUCUUUUUAUGUCCAUCGUAUUCGUUAUUGUGGAUGUCAUCUUUAUGAUUCUGGUUUCCAAAAGAGGUGGCAUGAAUCCAUUCUGGCGGCUCGCCCUUAUUUUCAAGUGUGCAUCCGACGUCAUAUUUCUAGACGACUUCAAGAGCGUCCUGGAUCGUAUCUCAGAGUCCGCCAUGAGAAAGAUUGCCACAUUCAGUUACCGAGACGAUGACAACCACUCACAACCUAUAAAUCAAAAUCGUUCAGCGCCUGGCUUUUCUGGUUUCGAGUCUCGCCGUAAAAGUUCAAGGCCAGCAGCAUAUGGAAAUGAGAACGGGUGCUUACAGGGACGCUCGGGGUCUUGCGCAAGCGCUGAUGAUGGCCAUUACGAGUAUGCAACCAGCUACGACCAUUUUCUUGCAGAGGAUAGUAGCCCUAGCGGCCAUAGGGGACAGAGGAGGGCCUCUGAACAUGGAGAUACACAUUCAAGAGUGUUCCAUAUGAGCAAGGUUCUUGAUUACGUGAUCAAGCUCGGCCAAUCCAACCCAACCAACUUGGCCCUGGCAGCUGCUUCGCUUGAGUAUUCGUUGCCAAUCUCCCCGUCUCCUCAACGUUUUCUUUUAUCCAUGGGUCAAUCCAUCGGGUCUCUAUUUCCACUGCGAUGGCGGCUAUGGCUCGGCAAGCGACUCUUCCGUCAGCUCGGCCCCUUUACAGUGAGAGUGAGCUGGCAUCGCCUCAUCAAGGGACCAUGCAAGCCUACCGAGGUGGAGGCCAUGCAGUACGUCGCCACCCACACAACGAUUCCAGUGCCCAGGAUCUACGCCGUCCAUACUGAAAAGAACGGCUCUAUUUACAUCGAGAUGGCAUACGUCCAGGGAGACAGCCUAGACAGUGCUUGGCGUCGCAUGUCGGUCGACGAGAAAGAUACCGUUUUUGCCGACAUCAAGCAGCAUGUGUCUUGCCUCCGCGAGCUUCAACCUCCGACCCAAGAUAUAGUCUCCUCGGCUCUUCAGAAUCCCGCGUUUGACUGCCGCAUAGGAGCUUGCUUCUAUGGUCCUUUGAACCAUGACGAGUUCCAUUCAUUGGCGCGAGGACAUCUGCGCAUGGAAGACGUCGCACCUUUCCUUGGCCCAGAAGUGGCCAAAGUGCACACAUCCCGCUACAAAACUCAUUUUACCCAUGCAGACAUGGCACCGAGGAACAUCAUUGUGCAGCGUGGGCGUGUUGUCGCCAUCGUUGAUUGGGAGUUUGCGGGAUGGUAUCCGGAGUACUGGGAAUUCACCAAAGCAAACUUCAACUACUUUCCCGGUGAGGGCUGGGAGGAUUAUCUUCGUGUUGCUCUUCCCGGCUAUGAGACGGAGCUUAUUGCGGAAGAGACUCUCUGGGCAAGGCUGCCGGAGCCCGGCACAAAGAUGACUUCAUAUCGUGACGGAGUUAGGGUCGAACACCAGGGCUCAGGCCCUUCAGCAGCUUGGUUAGAUGCCAGAACAGGCCGUCAGCUUUCGGAUCUGUGGUCUUUGGCCCUUUCUUGA